AUGAAUUCUCACGAAGAGGUUCAACGCACUUUGAACCCAACAUGUACAGGAACAUCUGUCAUUGCUCUUCAAUACAAAACUGGUGUCGUUGUGCUCACCGAUCGCGUUGUCUCUUAUGGAAAAAUGGCACGUUACAAGAAUGUCUCUCGUCAGUACAAGGUCAACGAGAACGUUCUCAUUGCCUUCGGUGGAGAUCAUGCUGAUUUUCAUGGCUUCAAAAUGUCAUCGAACGCCAAGUACUUCUCUGGAAACGCUUCGAUCAAGAUAUUGGGCCGAAAGCACUCCACGGAUACCUCACUAGCCUUCUCUACGGAAGGUGAGAAUUUCCUGGCUCACGCUAUCGUUAAAAUAAGAAUUUUCAGACGCUGCAAGAUGAACCCAGUUUGGAACACUCUCGUUGUUGCAGGAGUAGAGGAAGAAGAGAAAAACAACAAGGAAACGAGCACCCCAUUCAUCGGUGUCAUCACUCAAAAAGGAUGCGCUUACCAAGUGAAGCAUAUUGCCACUGGCCUCGGUGCUUACCUUCUCAAUCAAGCAGUCGAAGAUGAAUGGAGAAAGAAAGGAGAAGACCUCUCUCGUGAAGACGCGGAAGCAGUUCUUCGCAAGUCGCUCGAGCUCACUCUCUACCACGACUGCGUCGCAGACAACGAGUUCGAGAUUGGACGCGUCGAUGCUACUGAAGGCGUCGUUCUGGGAAAAGAGGAGAAGAUCAUUGGAGACUGGUCAAUUGCCGAGACCAAUUGUCAGUACGAAUAA